CGCUACUGAGGAUGUUCAAUGUGAUCAAACGGGCAAGGUCCCGGUUUUGUGGAAAACAUCUCGCCUGGUUCUGAUACUCCAGGCUGGGUGCCUGGCUGAGAUCAAUGCUCACACACCAGUAGCCCUCACGUAACCUAAGAAAUAAGUGCUCGAACUAUGUAUUGUGUAAUAAUGCAUCUAUCCACGAAGCAGGCAGCUAAGAUUGGUGAAUACGUCUCAUCCCUGACACCAUCUAUUCAAGGUGUAGUUUUCUGGCAGGAGAUUGAGGUCCAUCAGAACCAGACUCAUGACAGAGAGUGUUUCCUCCUCUGCUGCCAUACUCAUUAGAGUCAGAGCCCUAAUUCCUGUAGCUGCAUGAUACUAAUCUGUUUCUACUUGGCAGACAAGAUGCUCAAUUCAGCAUGAGUGUCCCUUUCUGAAAUCACUGACAAACAUGAAGAACUUUCUCACAGCAGAAUAGAAUAGAAUAAAAUAGAAAAUAUCUCUUUGCUGUCUCAUCGGGCAAGAGAACUGCAAAUUCACAGCAGGAGUAAUAACAGGAGGGUAAAAAUAGAGAAUAAAGAGAAAGAAAAAAGUAAACAAACAGACAAUAUGUUAACAUAACACAAAUACUGAGCACAUUUUAAUAAAUAAAAACAUGUUUUAUCAAGUAUUUUAGAUGUACACUUCUGUACAUCUCCUCAUUAGUUUUGUUCAGUAACACAAUUCUUCAUUGAUUUGUGGUCUUUGGUCACAUGACCCAGAAACUGUUAAGCAACCCAUAAUUUUCUAUUAAAAUAUUCAGAAAACGAUCAGAUUCUAUAAAAAAUUGCUGUCAUUCUACUGCAGGCGUUGAUUUAAUUUUGAUCACGUGACCUGAAGCUACUAAUUCUGUUUGUCUUUGCGUUUCGACCAAUGGGAUUUGUUGAUGGUCCCUAAAUCAGGCUCUGCAAGAAGCUGGAGGCGAGCAGUCUACCGUCGCUGUGUGGACCGGUUCUGUUUACUAACUCCGCCCACAGUUUUACUCCUGUUCAAUCAGGAAGCAGCUCGGUGACCUGACGGACCGGACCGAGGUGCUGCAGUGUCCGCCGGUGAGCUUCAGAGUUCAGCUCUCCAACACCUGGAAAGGUCCCAUCGGAACCACCUGCUCAGCCUCACAGAAGUGAAACGGCCCAGCUGACUCGGAACCAAGACUGUUCAUCAGAGAAGGAGGCGCAGCAAAAAGCAUGAGUUCACGUCGUACAGAUGUGAAGGAAAACCAAAAUUUGGACAAGUUCUCCUUCAAAGUGGAUGUAGUCAAACUCUCCAGUAAGAAGGCUGGGUGUGGAAGGAAGCGGCCUUUAGAGGAGGGCAACAAUGGCCACAAACCUUCCAACUACAAGCCAAAGAAGCACAAGAAGGUCUCUGGACCCUCUCUGACUAAGAAUGCACUGGUGCAGCUGAAUGAGAUCAGACCCGGGCUGCAGUACAAGCUGCUGUCUCAGACCGGACCCAUCCACGCUCCUGUUUUUGUGAUGACUGUCGAGGUCAACGGGCAGCUCUUUGAUGGCUCAGGACCUACCAAGAAGAAGGCCAAGAUGAAGGCAGCCGAGAAGGCUCUGUGUUCUUUCACCCAGGUCCUCAGUGCACCUGAUGCCCACUUGGCCGUGAGCCGGACUCGACCCGUUCUCACAGACUUUACCUCAGAUGAGGCCGACCUGCCCAGCAUGCUCUUUAAUGCUUUUGAGACAUCAGUCCCUGUAGAUGUCUCGCUUUACCUGGCCUCAUCCAGCUCCUUCUCAUUUCUGGGGGAAAAGUGUCCUUUCCCAUGUUUCCCUACAUCAAACCAGCUCCAAUCCCCCAAACCCCCAGAACCAUCCCCCUUCUGCUCCCCCACAGGUGGCAAAAAUCCUGUCAUGAUCCUCAAUAAGAUGCGGCCAGGCCUCAAAUAUGAUUUUGUGUCAGAGAGCGGGGAGAGCCAUGCCAAAAACUUUAUCAUGUCGGUGAGCGUUGGUGCUCAGACCUUCCAUGGAUCUGGACGGAACAAAAAGCUGGCUAAGGCUCGGGCUGCACAAGCGGCUCUGUCUGCUGCCUUUAACGUGCAGCUUGACCAAGCUCCGUCCCAGCAGCCCAUACCCAGAGAGGGAACACAGCCUCACCUGCCUCAGGUCCUGGCAGAUAUCGUCUCUCGUUUGGUUCUGGGCAAAUUCAGUGAGCUGACCGAUAAUCUCGCAUCUCCAUGUGCUCAACGGAAGGUGCUGGCAGGGGUUGUCAUGACGACAGGUACGGAUCUGAAGGAGGCUCAAGUCAUCUGUUUGUCCACGGGGUCAAAGUGCAUCCGUGGAGAACAUAGGAGCCAUCGGGGUUUGGCUCUGAACGACUGUCAUGCUGAGAUCUUAGCUCGGCGUGCUCUCAUCAGGUUCCUGUACUGCCAGAUGGAGCGCUUCCUCAGCACAGACAAAAAGGAGCAGCAGGAAUCCAUCUUUGCGAGAUGUGAAAACAAAGAAGGCUACAGCCUGAAGGACAAGGUCCAGUUCCACCUGUACAUCAGCACCUCCCCUUGUGGAGAUGCCCGGAUCUUCUCCCCCCACGAGGCUGGACUAGAACAAGAGAACCGACUCCCAAAUCCUAAGGCCCGUGGGCAGCUUCGUGUGAAGGUAGACUCUGGUGAGGGAACCAUCCCUGUGAGCUCCAGUGACUCCAUUCAGAUGUGGGAUGGGGUUCAGCAGAGGGACAGACUGCUCACCAUGUCCUGCAGUGACAAGAUGGCCAGGUGGAACGUUGUUGGGUUCCAGGGUUCUUUGAUGAGCUACUUCACUGAGCCUCUGUACUUCUCCAGCAUUAUCCUGGGAAGCCUGUACAAUGCAGACCACCUCUCCAGGGCCGUGUACCAGAGGAUCUCUGAAAUCCAAGCUCUUCCUCCAUCGUUCAGCCUCAACAAACCACUUCUCAGUGGUAUAAGUAACACAGAAACUCGUCAACCAGGAAAAGCACCAAACUUCAGCGUGAACUGGACGGUCGGAGACCAAGGUGUAGAGGUGAUUAAUGCCACCACAGGGAAAGAUGACCUGGAUCAACCCUCCAGACUCUGCAAGCAUAAUCUGUAUGGUCGCUGGAUGGGCCUGUAUGCCAAGCUGUCCUCCACGAUGCGAAUCCAAAGCGUUCAACCCAGCAGCUACCACCAGGUGAAACAGGCAGCAGCACACUAUCAGUCUGCAAAGCAAACACUCUUCAGAACCUUUCACAGAGCUGGACUUGGAGCCUGGGUGAAGAAGCCUACAGAACUGGACGAGUUUUCUCUCUGACUUAGUUCUGGUCCUGAACUGGAGGAACACGUUCACCUUUGACUGUCAUGGACCGAAACUCCCAUGGAUUCCAGAUGCAUGGUGACCGUGUCUAAACAAGAGUGUGGGACAUGUUAAAUACUGAAAGGUUGACAAAAUGUCAGCAUCAAACCUAAAAAGUUUAAAAUGUUCAGAUCAAAUCAAAUAGUAUUUGUAGAGCACUUUUCCUGAUAAAAUCAGCACAAAGUGCUUUAUAUUAAAAAUAUAAAUAAAAAAUAAACUGCUUUCACACAUCAAAAUGACAUAACUAGUUAAAA